AGAACCCCAAGGAACUCCAUCUAGAGUGGACAUACCAAGCCAGCCAACAGCUACAAUUCAAAGCCUAAUCAAAAAUCACUUAAAUACCUGAUAACCAUGCAGUUUGCCAUAUCCUUCGUUGCGAUUUUCCUGAUCGCCAGAUUGAGCCUGAUCCAAGCAGCUCCCAUCAGUGAUAGUAGCCAGGAUUUAGGAUUCGUCUCCGCCACGGAUAUCACGGGAGAACCAGUGCGCCAAAAGCGAGCCAGUGCGGAUUAUUACAAGGGCGACUUCUUCAUUUGCUAUCCCAAGAGCGAGGUCUACGGAAAAUCUCGCUACGGUGGAUCCCAUCGCAGAUCCUAUGAUUCGGAGGAAGAAGGCCCACACUACCUGGCCGAUGAUCCUUUAGCCGUCCGACAGGCUCGUGCGGAUGCCAGACGUGCCGCCUACACCGACAGCUAUGGCAAAUAAGUCUACCGACUGAUCCUUAUUGGAUAAAUAAGAAUAAGAUACCUUUCAAGUUGAGAAAACGCACAGGUCUAGCUUUUAAAGUUGUACAAACAA